AUGGAGACUGGCAAGCCAGUAUGUGCUCCAGUGCACAUCAGCUCCGCCGCAGCGCAGACAGAGAAAAGGAUGGAUGUCCAGGCCCCGCUGACGGCUGUUUACAUCCACACCGUGCCUGCUCUACCAGCGCAGCCUUUCCCACAGCUUCCUGCUGCUGCACAGGAACCAGCCACACUCCAUCUGGCCAUGCCACCGCUCUACUCCAAGGAGACUCUUCCCUUUUUGACACUCCACAUUGCUGGUGGGCUGCAGUCUCCGCCAGGGCUGAGUCCGGCAGCUGCUGCUCCAACAGCCAGACCCAAAUCGGCAGGAAAACAUGUUUGUCCUCACUGCGGACGGGACUGUAUGAAGCCCAGUGUGCUGGAGAAACAUCUCCGCUGCCACACAGGGGAGCGGCCCUACCCCUGCACCACUUGCGGAGUUUCUUUUAAGACUCAGAGCAACCUCUACAAACAUAAACGUACUCAGGCUCAUGCCCGCCUCUCAUCCGAGUCAGAGCAGAGCAGCCUGGGCAGCCUGGGCAGCCUGGACAGCAUGUCCAGCUCAAGAGAGACUCAUUCCUCCAGUCUGUCUCUGGAUGAGCACAGUGAGGAGUCAGGAAGCAUGGAGAAGGAUGGCACACUACCUGCUGCUGAGAUUACCUGUCCAGCCAAUACUACAAGGGUCUUCUCUGUAACGACACAUGGCUCUGUCUGUGAGCAGAGAGACUUGACCCCUGCAGGUCAUACAACAGAUUCAAAUGAAAGUGCAAAGGUAAGAAAAGUAGAGGAGAACCUGAGAAUGGAAAAUGAACAACCUCCUUCGACUGUUGGUCGACAUCUUCCACUUCAGAGACAAAAGGCCACUCUGUUCUCCAAGCAGUGGGAGAGCUCUGUAUCCAGAGGAAAAUCACAGAACCACGAGAGCACAGACUCAGGUUUCAGCGAGAGCAGUGACCACUACCCAAGCCCUGGCAGUGUUUUACCUGACCACAGUCUGGAUUCUCUCACUGAAUCUAAUAAAGAGCAUCUUGAGGAAACAACAAACAUACACAAGUCUUCAGUGCAAGGUGCACAGGAGCCCAACGACACUGCAAGGAAGCAGGAGCAGAAGACACUGGAGGAGCGCAUAUCUAAGCUGAUUUCGGAGAACAACGCUGUUGUGGAGGACAAACAGCUGGAGAAUGUAAGGCCUCGGAAGACUGUUCUUUCAAAGCAGGGUAGCAUUGACCUCCCUAUGCCAUACACAUACAAGGACUCCUUUCACUUUGACAUGAAGAUCAGUAGGACUCCGAAUAUUGGGUUGCAAAGAAACAGGAAGCCUGGACUAUACAGCUCUGUGCCCACUCAGCACUCCACCACCAUGGAGCAUGCCCCCUUAACCCGCAGCCACUCCCUCCCCUUCAGCGUGGCCCUCCUGCAGCCUGAGAAGAGCAGCUCAGCCUCGUCCUAUCAGAGCAAUUAUGUAACACUGUGUCGCAGGGGAAGCUCUGGCCAGAUCAACCCAGCAGGUUCUGCAAUCAAGCCUGUGAACCAACAGUCAUCCACCCACCGGCCACUGGUCAGACAGACAGCCGUUGACUGCAACCACGCAACAGACGGUCUCUUCAUGAAUUCAUCUGUGGAGGAGGCGAGCACCGGCAGUCUCAGCUGCGAUGGGGACAUUUGUGGAGAGCCAAGCAACAGAAAGUUCCGGAGGAAGAAAGCUCAGAAGUUUGCCUACAACAAGUGGUACAUGUACGGGGGCGGGACAUUUAAGAAGCUCUACAACACAGAGAAAAGUGGUGAUAACAGUGUUGUCAAAGGCAGGAAAUGUAUGAACACAGAGAAUGAGGCUUUUCUGGCCCCACAAAAAAAGCUUUCAUCAGUUCAUAAGGAGAUACCAACAACAGGCUCAGCGAUAAACAUCCCGAGCAGCAGGGCAAAUAUGUGCCACCCAGGCUGCCCUCCUGCCAAGUCAUCCCCUGGCUCUACUAUGGAUGUUAAUGUAAGAACCACCCAGCUGUAUUCACUGUGCAGCUCUGUCAAGACUCCAAUCCAGAGAAACCUGUCUUUGUCAAUACUGCCAUUACCUUCAGCUGGAUCAUUUGUUAGCCACCACGCAGACAGCAUGAGCACCACAGGGGCUGGGACUAAAGAAGAAAAACACACUGAUUCCAUCUCCGAGCUCUGUGGAGCCCAUGUUCCCUCUAAUAGGAAAAAGCAGAGAACUGAUGAUGAAUCAAUUUGCCAACUUGAGACGGAGACCGCCCCAAACACACUGACUCACCCUCCUCCCUCUUUCACUGGCAGUGCACUUCGGCAGGAUACACACUUCAGUUAUGUCAACCUCCAAAAAACCCCAAACUACACUCAACUCAAAGGAGCUCUCUUCUCACCAUGCAUAAUCAAUGCAAAUGCACCAUCGGUUAGCAACUUGCCUGUCACUUCCAUCCCCUCAGCUGUCAAGACCAGCUUCCUGCCCAAGUACCAGCUCAAGUUGCCUAAUGCUGCAGAAUCUGAAUCAAAUGCUGCGCUGCAUGUUGCGGAUAAACCGAUAGGAACUGACACGACCUUCACCUCUACUCUUUCAUCUUCUCAAAGCGAGCAGAGCUCACCUUCAGUAUCAACUACUGAAAUCAAAUCAAGUGAUCCCGUCACAUCAGCGUUGAUGAUAACUGCUGAUUCCAAAAAAACGAGUGCUCUCAAUUCCACACAAGCCCAGCUUUUCUUGCCUUGCACAGCUGCAACAUUGUUUCAAGCUGAAACAACAAGAUUCAAUGACAAUUUGACAUCUAGUCUCCCUGUGGUGCACAAUCAACUUGCAGCAACCACAAUAACCACAGCCUGCCGACAUGAUAACCAGGAAGGAUUAUGCAGCACAUCAAUACAGCCCUCGAAAUCUGCAACUGUGCAGUUACCCACAGCACCUGUGGUUGGAAACUUCCCUGCUCUACCCACCAUAAGCACAGAAAACAAUCAGACAUCUGCUGCUUCCAGUACAACCAUCUUACAAUGUCAACGUAACUCUAACCUUCCUCCCUCACACUUACAACUCUUGCCAGAGUCAGACCAGUUGAACCUUGUAGACAGAGCAUUUACCGGCCCAAACACCCCAAAAGUACCAUGUCACAUCAUACCAUUUGAUCAGGUGCAACCAGCAGGUCAGAAUGUGUUUCAUGUUCACACAGCAGAUCUCCAGAUCUGCCUUCAGAUCAUAUCCGACGAGCAGCUGGCUCUCAUUGAACCGCAGAUUGAGCGUCAUGAGAACAGCAGCCUCUCACAGAGAUGUGACAUGAAAGCACAGGCCGCAGAAGUGAAUAAAGCUCAAAGCUCUGUUGCCACGGAAAGUAACAAUGACGGAACGGCCCAUCGACUGCAGGGAAAUCAUAAGGAGUUGGACCAAAAUGAAUCUUUACCCACACUUAAUGUGGAGAGAAUAAAACCACUGACUGCCCACACGACUGAACACAGAAAUUCCAGUCAGGCUACACUAUCAGCUGUACCUAAGCCUCCUGAAUCUCUGGGCUUGACAUUACACCCACACAAAUGCGGUCAUGUAAACACGGCCACAGAGACUCUGAGCUCUGUUAGUGAUGUUAUGUCAACUGCUGCUGUACUGUCAGGAAGAAACCAAACUUCAGAGGAGGAACGUGCCCUUUCUCUGAACCCGUUGCCUGAAGAACAACCUUUCCUGGACAGCUGGGUCAGUCAAGGUGGACUGGUUUUGCAAACACUAUCUGGUGUUUCUCCCAAUUCAGUAAAUCAGAAGAGAAAAAGUGAAAUACUGGGCAAAGACACACAACAAAAACCUAAAAAUCAAGGAGCCUCAUUUGAUGCAAGCAUAAUGAAAACCAAGUGUGAAGCCUCUGAAUACAGAAGCAGCAGGUUAGAAAGUGGAGAAGCACCCUGCUCUAUGCAGGUUAAGUUCGAUAAGGCCAGUGCUGAUAAACUGUCUGGGUCAGUGUCAGCGUUUUCUAUCAAUAAUUGCAAAGCUCCAAGAAAGUUGAACCCACAUGCAUCCAUCUGCUGCAGCAAACCAUCAGACCCAACAUUAUCAGAGACCGUGAAUCCAUCCAAACAUGAAAACACAGGUUGUGAUGGGGUGGGACCUUCGGACAAUUCUCUCACUUUACCAGAAAAGACUCUCUGUGAUUCACAGGAUGUAAUCAGCUUAGCCCACUCACAAAAACUGUUUACAUCAGUGUCUUCUAACAUCCAUGUGGAAAGAACCAAAGACAUCCCAGCUGUGCUCACAAGUAUUCAGAGCCCUACUGCAGGGAUUAUGGAGGGAGACUUCCUGAUGGGAUGUGAGGUUCAGAAGGAGCCACAGAAAGAGGGGCAUGCAGGUAUACCCGGGCAGUCAGACUGCACAGAGUGGAGACCAAAACCGAGCCAAGGGGCUGGAGAGACAAUCGACCAAAGAAUAGAUGGGCAGAGCGGUGGAGGAGUGAUGAGAGAGGAUAAGAACGGAGGAAUCAAGGCAGACCAGGUCCCUAGACAGCUGGCCAACACGGACUCAAACUGCAGAUACACAGCUUUACCACACAUGACAAAGCCAGAGGGAGAAGACACAGAGUUCAAGGUGGAUUCCUUUAAAAACUCUUGGCUAUCUGAGGAGCAUCUUCAGCAUCUUUCCCAGACGCACUCAGGAAUGUCUGAGUAUCCUCCACAGAGCCCUCAGCAAGCUCUGAGCACGUCAAAUAACAUUCAUUUAGCAGCCAGCGGCAGUCAGACUAGCCUUCUCAAUUCUCCACAGCCCCCACUGGAAAUUAACAACUUUUAUUUCUCACAACAACACUGGGAAAGCAGCACCGCCCAUACCCAACAAACACAGACCUACUGCGAGUCAAAAUCCACUAAACUUAUCAAAACACAGGCCCCAUUAAAAGAGUCACAACAUGCUUUUUCACAAAUCACUCAGCAAUCAAUAUUUUCACUCCAGGAAAAGCAGACCCUAUCCGUACAGCAAGGAAACACUGCAGGUAACAGCAGCACAGCAGUAGACCAUUCUACUGAGGUAACAUUAGGAAGUAACAAAACCCCAGGUCUCUUGACAGAUAUCAAAACCUCAUGCGCCACACACCACUGCCAAGUCUCUCAUUCCCUGCAAGUCAGUCAAGCUUCAGCUGGAUGGAUGGGAAACACUUACACGUCAAACACCAAUAUGCUGGGUUAUAAUGCCGGGGCCCCAUUAAAUCCCUUUACAUACCAAGAGCCUGAGCUGGAUACCAAGGAUCAAGCACCACAUGAGUACAGAACACACAGCAGUAACUCUGGGAGAACUGACAUGACCAACAAAUACCAGUCUUUUUUCUUGGCUGCUCAGCUUCAAGGGUACCAGCCAGCUGAGAGUCUGACUGCUGGAGUGAGGCCUGUGCAGAGCUGCCAGGACUUUUCAGAAGACACCAGCAGCAGUGAUGAUGAAGGAAAGCUUAUCAUUGAGCUUUAGGGGACAUGUGAACAUACACUGAUGUCAUUUCAUUUUCAUUUGCUGUAGAUUUUUAUGUUUCCCAUGCAAAUCUGCUGUGGAGGCAGAGAAACUGAUGGCUAAGUUAAAGGGAUAGUUCACACAAAAAUGAAACUUCACUCAUUGUUUACUCACCACUGAAUUCCAAUAGAACUGAGGUAAAUGGUAACCCUUUUUCCAAAGUAAAAAAACAAACAAAAAAACCCAUAAAUGCCUCCUGUGGUGUCAUCCAAGUGUCCGUAAGCCAUGUAACACCAUGUUUUUAGUCUAAAUGGCUGCUGUUAUCCCCCUCUGGAGCCACGUUCAUGCGUGGAUCACAGAGGACAGGCAAAAUAAAUGGUGUAGAUUACCUCAUAUCGAGUCAAAUUUGAAUGUCUGGGCUUACGGACACUUGGGUGAAACCACAGGAGCAGUAUGGAGGAAUUUUAUAUCUUUCUCUGUUGUUUUUUUACUUUUCAAUAAGUGGUCAGCAUUUACUUCAAUUGUAUUCAAUUUGGCUGCAACACCGUUUACCCAUGAAACUCAAACUCUUCACCCACCCCUCCGUCAGCAUAGCGGUGAGUAGAUAAUGAGUGAAUUUUCAUUUUUUGGUCAACUAUCACUUUCACGGAAG